CAGCCCUGCUUGAGAGAAUGCCAGUAAUGGAGAAAGUCACCACAAAUGGGCCUACUGAGAUUGUACAGACCAAUGGAGAGACAGAACCAGCGGUACUGGAAACCAAACCUCCACCAUCUGGAUUGCAGCCUGCUAGCCAGGCAAACGAUUUGUUGGACUUGUUGGGGGGAAGUGAUAUAACACCUGUAAUCCCCACUGCACCUACAAGCAAGCCAGCCUCUGCUGGUGGGGAGCUGCUUGACCUCCUGGGAGACCUCAACCUAACAGGUUCUCCAGUAUCUGCCCCUGCGCCCCAGAUAGCACAGCCUCCGUUCCUGCUCGAUGGACUUUCAUCACAACCUCUCUUCAAUGAUAUUGCUGCAGGAAUCCCCUCGAUUACUGCAUACAACAAGAAUGGGCUGAAGAUUGACUUCACCUUUGAGAGGUCAAACACCAACCCUAGCGUCACUGUAAUCACGAUACAGGCCUCCAACAGCACAGAGCUGGAUAUGACAGAUUUUGUUUUCCAAGCUGCAGUACCAAAGACAUUCCAGCUGCAGCUCCUGUCUCCCAGCAGCAGUGUCAUCCCUGCAUUUAACUCUGGGACCAUCACACAGGUCAUUAAAGUCCUGAAUCCACAAAAGCAACAACUACGUAUGCGGAUCAAGUUGACAUAUAAUCACAAGGGCUCAGCAAUGCAGGAUCUAGCAGAAGUCAACAACUUCCCCCCUCAGUCUUGGCAGUGAGGCUCUGGCACCAUUCUUAUUCUCACCCCACCCAAUCAAAAGAACUCUGGGAAGAAGGUUGUGAUCCUUGGCAAUCCCCCAAACUGCACCAUGGAUAUGGGGAACAGAUGAGACCUGCUGAUGAGGAGGAAUUUUCCUGAAGUGAUUGCUGACUUUGAAGCAUAUCUGUUAAGACUAAUCUCUCCUCAGCUGAUGAGGCUGGCGGCUUGUGGAGGCUACUGUGCACUCCCUCACACAUGCAUUCACAGCCAGAAGCAGCAUUCCCUUCUCCCAUCUCCCUCGCCCUGCCCCCUGCCUCACAAAGAAACACAGCCUGGUUGGAAGAGAAGUCUGGAAUUUCUAGCAGGGAAACUUUCUUCUCUCUGCAGCAAGUGAACAGCUGCCCCUUCUUUCUGCUGUCUUUUUCCCCUGGGGUGGGUAAGGCGUGUUGUCAUUCCUUACUAGCUGGAUUCCUUCAGGCACUUUCAUCUGGGGCUCAGAUUGGAGACUUGGUGAAUGUCAGGCUGCCCUGCCUCUUUCUUCCUGUAUCCUGUAUGUCUGAAGGGGCUGGAGGCUUCUUAUGGCCUAUUCAGUGCAUUAUUGUAUACACCCACCUCUUAGUUCUGUGAUACGUACCAAGAGCAAGUUAGGCCUUGGGAGUUCAUGUGCAAACCUGGGACAGUGCGGAAAAAGAGGUGCUGGUCAGAGUUGAUAAAAUUGUUUUGGUGCUGUACUUGGAAAUGAAGACCUUACACUUGAAUUUUUUUUUUCUUUCCAUCAGUAGCUACAGUGACACAGAUUCACACAUGGUCUUCUGUAGCUUCCCCAGAAAGUCUGGUGAUAUAUGAGAGAUGUAGAGAUCCAAGGAGCAGCUGGUUUUCUACCACAGAUGGUUUCAAAGCCUUUUAACCCAUUAGUUGUGGUUUAUGGGUAGAAAAGACAUAUUCAAUUUUGUAGAUCAGUCUUCGAGCAAGGGCUCUGUUCCUGCUGGGAGACUCAUCAGAGACUAUGCUGCAAAGUUGCUCUUCCCAGUUAUUCCAGACCUUCUCCCCAAUUUAAUUUCCAGAGCCUGUUGUAGACCCCCUGGAUUCCAUUUGAGUUACUUCCGACUGGGAUAUUUGUGUUGUAUCUGUAAUAUUGGCACUGAAAUAAAGACCAUGCGGUUUAAAGAGA